UUAAUCCCACGGUCCUUGAAAGCGUCAAAGGGAACUACCCCCCGCCCGGACACCGCCCCCUCGACGUCACUGCCACUGCGAUUUGCAUGAAGUGUUUUCUGCUGCAGCUCAAGUCGCCUGCAGACUCCGAGGGUAACGCGAGGGAAGAGGUGCGCUGGAAACUCGAGGAGAGAAGAGUGCCAGGGUUGCUUUCCAAACCGGGAAAAACCUAAAGGAGUACAAUAUAAACGAGGAAACGGACAUACGGAUACGCUUAAGGAUUAUUUUGAAGUGUGGGUUUCUUUCUUACGGGGAAGAUGGAGCUACCCGCCGCGGGAGAGCACGUCUUUGCGGUGGAGAGCAUCGAGAAGAAGCGCAGCAGAAAGGGGAGGAUUGAGUAUCUGGUCAAGUGGCGAGGAUGGUCUCCAAAAUACAACACGUGGGAGCCGGAAGAAAACAUUCUGGACCCAAGACUCCUGGACGCGUUUCAAGACCGGGAGCGACAGGAGCAGCUCAUGGGCUACCGCAAGAGAGGACCCAAGCCCAAGCACCUCCUGGUUCAGGUCCCCUCAUUCGCCCGGAGAUCCAACAUUUUGGCUGAUAUUUGCGAGGAGGAGAGCCAACAGAAGUCCAACUCUAUUCAGAUGCAGUACCAGCUAAACGGCAAAAAGCACCACCCAUACCAGCCACUGUCCCAGGACCGUGAGACCGACCAAUCAAGUGGCAAGAAAUUUUACUAUCAACUCAACAGCAAGAAGCACCACCACUACCAACCGGAAAUCAAAAAUCACGAGACUGUUUUCGUCAAGCCCAAAGAAGUGAAAGUCCCGGAUUUAUCCAAUAAGGGGUACAAUCUUCCCCCUGUUCUGCAACAAAAGUGGGUGCGGGAUAAAGAGUCUGGCUGCUUAACUAAAAUAAAGGAUAUUACGAUGGAGUUAAAAAAGCUUCCAGCGGAUUUAAAUGGGCACAAAGACAUUGAAAAGGUGAAACCAAAGGAGGACAUUGUAACGCAGAGCAACGAUGUCCGCAACGGGAAACUAAAAAUUGUCAAAAAUAAAAAUAAAAAUGGAAGGAUUGUGAUCGUUAUGAGCAAAUAUAUAGAAAACGGCAUCAAAUCGGAUAAAAUGAAAGGUGACUCUGAAAAGCAAGUACCGGACAGCAGCACAGAGAACCAUAUCGAGAAAAUGAAACUUGUGAAAAAACUCGGACUCAUGAAUGGAUUUACAAAAUUAUCCAAAGACAAAUCGACUUUAGGACUUGACAACGGGGACUGCCUAAAAGGGAAAAAGGAGGAGAUUUCCAAAAUGGAGCCAACUGUGACGGAGCAGGAUAAACAUGUUGAGGUCAAAGGUCACGGCCAGCUUCUUGCGGAUGAGGCUUUAGGGUUGACAACCACAACUAAUCCGGUCUCCUCGCCUUCAGAUACGGCAGAGAAAGAAGUCAGCCAAAGCGCACCUACAACAUUCAAACGCCAUCUUUCCGAAAUGGACACAGAUCAAAACGGACCUAGAAAGAGAUAUCUGAGGACUCUUAUCCCCUCCCGCUCCCCGUCUCCCCCAAUUAUAACCCCAACUCUCCCUGACAGUCAGUUAUUACCCGACUGCGGAUACCAAGAUGAACCGAUGGACUUGAGUAUGGACAGAUCUAAGUCUAGACUAUCAACAGUGGACUUUGUUGAGGCAGCACAACCUGAGGGCGUAGAGUUAACUGAAACACAAUCGCCUGCAGAGACGGAAACCCAAUCCCAAAGCAUCGCACAGCAAACAGAGGAAGAGAAUAUCAGGCCUUUAUCUCUGAGCGAUCAUGACAAAAGGAAAGACGUGCACUUUCCCUCUUUUCAGCCCUUUCUCGGAAACAUUGUGAUCACAGAUAUCACGACAAACUGCCUCACCGUGACGUUUAAGGAGUUUGUGACGGCAUAGCUAACCAUGCUAACUCCGUAGAGUGAAGGGAAAAGUAUAUGCAGCCUUCUGGGUUUCUUGUAUUUUUGCAUAUUUGUUCUGUUAUCCCCCUGAAUUAAGUUAAGUUGGUUUUGGUCUCCUGAGAAUUUUUCAGACACCUAUCAGUAUAACUUUUUACUGUCCAAAACUUAACAGUUGUUUGGUUUUUCUAUUAACUAUUGCUUUGCUGUUUUAAUUUGAAUAACUUCUGCACAUAGACCAAAAGUAGGUAUUGAUAGCUUUUUGCCAUUGUAUAAUCUAAUGAAAUAAUAAAUGUAUGUAAUGUUUGGAUGUCUUUUGAUUUCUCUCGAUCAAUGCAAAAAUAUAAGAAAUUGAAAAGAAGGCAAAUAUCUUUCCUGGCACAGUACUUGCAUAUUGAUGCUUGAAUGUACAAAUGAACUUUUUUGUAAAGUUUGAAUACAAGGCUAAACUCUUUGAUUUAGUAUAAUUUCCAUAGUAUUUCUCAUAAGCUCUGCCGGGUGUUAUUUCUGGAGGUCUAUCACAUGCAGUAUCAGAUUUCAACUCGUACAAAUGAAGCUCAACUAACUUAAAAGUACAGAAUCUUAGACAAAGUUGCACUUAUUCCUGUACAUACUUUAACUUUUCUAUGUUUGGUUUAUAUAUUCCUCUCAGAUGUCAAUUUUGUAAAAGAAAAAAUAAAUCUAUUGAAACAUGGUAAAUGACACUGUUAUAGUGUGAAGUAUGGGGUUGGAUGCUGCUGUGUAAGUAAAUAUUGAUGUUAAUUUGCAAUGUUUGUGGAUGGCAAAGUCUAGUUUUCUCUAAAAAAAAAAAAAAAAAAAUCUGUUUAAAUUUACAUCUGCAGGUGUAGUUUGAAUCUUUAAGUCUGAUUCUUAUAGCACAAGUCACUUCCAAACGUACUAUUUAUUCUAUUUACUUUUGUUUAAAUCAUGACUUGUAUUACAUUACAACUUAAAUAUAUGAGGUUUGUCAUAAUUUAAUAAAACAAUCUAAUAGUGGGCUGUUUUGAAAGCCAUAUUCUGAAAAAGUCCCUCCGUUAAUGAGUCACUUUCACUGAUCAAAGUGAAAAAACUCCUUCACAAUUAUUUUUUUCCCCCAUAUAUAUAUAAGUGUGUAACAAUCAGAUCUGUACAAUAAAAUGAUGAAUACCAUGGGCAUUCAAACCAUAAAAUCUGCAGAUAUAAUGGUGACCAUGCCUUAUUUAAAGGUGUACCAUGUAACUUUUCUGGUGGGUGGUUAAUUAUCUGCUUGACUCGUGAAAACGUUUGCUUUGCCUGGAAUGUUCCACAGUAGUGUAUAAACAAAUCUGUCUUUUGUUUAUUCAAUUAUAUGUGGUUUUAUUGCCAAGAAAUCUACAGUAUGUACUUUUGAGGGUGUCACCUGCUUGUCUCCAUGUCAAUUGUUAUGUUUUGUUCCAUUUUGUGAAACAUUCCAGGCAAAAAUAAUGGCACCUAACCAAUUAUAUAGUUCCCCUUUAUCUCUUCUACUGGUGAUUUCAAAUGGUUCUUUUGAUACCAUCAGCUUUGCAAUCAUGUGUCAUACUUCCUCUUCAGUUUGUUAAUUUCUUCUGAAAAGCGUUCACUGUUGUUCUAACUUGCUCUACCAGAAUGAACCAAUACUGCUAUUUGAAGGC